GAUGGCAGAAGAGCGGCGCGCUCUGAAGCUACCGUAGUACAGUUGAACCAUCAUCUGGUACACAGCCACUGGUCAAUAUUUAUCUUAAAUCCAACAACGUCUGAGCAGUUUCAGGCUCCGGGUACACUAGCCUACAUAGCCCAGGUCCUGCUAGUAUAGAACCACUGCCCUGGAUUAUUGGAUGUGAUUUGGAGUGGUGGUAACUUGGAGAUAUAUACCAAAAUGUCUUUGAGCAAGGUGUGUGAAGAGUUGGAUGAGCUUGCUGUAAGCUACUUUCAGAUCUUAGAAGAACUCCAAGAGCAAAGAAGAAGAUUUGAAAAGUUUAUUAAAGAGGGCUUCCUGAAUUUAUCCAAGGCUCGAUUUUCCAUGGGAAACAGGGCUGUAAGUUCUCUUCAAUAUGAUUCCACAUCAAUGUGUGCUCUUGCACAUGUUGUUACCAGAGACGAGGGUGACUGUCAUUCAUUUGAGGUUUGUAGAACCAAAGCAAUGAAGAGGUCGGAGAGGAAGUCACUGGAAGGAAAUGACUCAGGAGUAAACCAGUCUAAUGAGGAUAAUACAGCUAUCAGAAGAAGAAGACCCUUAUCAUCUAGUCCCUCAGAUGGGGUGGAAACCCUUACAGCUGGAAUGGAUCAAUUGUCAACGUCGGUUGAAGAGCCACCUACUGGGCCCACCACCACCAUGCAGAGAACACCUACCGAUCCCCUUCUCUGGUUUGGUGUCCUAGUUCCUCAACCCCUUAGACAUGGGCAGCAGAACUUUGUAGAGGCUGUGGAAGCCUGUGCUGUCAUGGCCUCACUCCAGACGAAACUAGACAUUGCCUACACCCAGUACCGAAAUCAGCUCAAACUGAAAUACGACAUCGUCAAGAAGAUGAAGAGCGAUGGCAGCAGCUUCAGCAAUGGUGCAUUAUCAGCAGAGUUACAAGAGAAUGGUCAUUGAUGUAGGCUAAGGAACAGGGCCCUGUUUCAUGAAAAAUGUUAUCAGUGAAAAAAGUGAUAGAAGCUCAUGAUGUAUCUGCUCUCAGCCAAUUAUAUUGCAUGAUUUCAGGAGCUUAUAACAGUCACUACUGACUUGCCAGCGAUAGCUUAUUUGGUGAAACAGGGCCCAGAAGAUAUUUAGAUUUAUUUUUGUACGGACAUAUUGUAUGGCUAUAUUUGUAUUAUCCUGUUUGUUGAAAUAGACUUCAGAAUUUUUGUGGACAAUUUUUAGAGAACCCAAUUUCAGUGAUAUCUUUGUAACAUUUACAGAUAAGGGUGAAUUCAUCAGUAAUGACUCAUAGUUGCGGCACCAAGAUUUUUUAAAAUAGGGGUGGAAGGGGGAUGUCACAAAUUUUGUCCUAUCCAUUCUCGCAAGCAGUUUGUGAAUUCCAUAUUUAUGACAGGGUUGAGCAGUCAUUAUUUUUGUCUUUGCACAACUUAAUAUUGCCAGUAUCAUGGCAGCUAUAGUUUUUGCCUUCUUCUUUGUUCUUAUCAACCAUGAAUAUCCUCCUUACAGGCCUACAUGGUUUCUUUUGUUCCUUUUGACCAGAUCACCUUUUUGCUGUUUAAGGCCACCUAUGGCCGACUUUUCUGCCUUUGCUUCCACACUGCGUUUCUGAUCUUAAAAUUUAUGUUGCAAAUGUCCUAAUCCUCCUUCAAAAUUGUAUUUUAAGUUCCAUUCCAGACACUCUUUCUACAUCAUCAAUUGUAUUACACAGUUUGUCUAAGUUUGCAGACAAAGCCUAAAAAAUAUCCUUUAUUUGCUCUCACUUGGCUUUUGUAUCAUGCUACCGGGAACGGGGUUCGCAGCCAUUUUAACUUUGUCUUAAUCUACGAGACCUUGACAGUCCAAUAUAUGAAGCCUGAUUGUUAGCAGUUUGCAUGUUUUGAUAUCCAUCAUUUCAGCAUAUGCUCGGAGUUCAUCAGUUUUAGCCUUGAAACUUGAAAAUUUGAGAAACUUCAUCAAAUACAGAGGAGUUAGCAGAUGUGUAAUAAAUGUGAACUAUUAUCUCAUGAAUAUAAAGAAUGUAACAUGUAUUUAUAUCCUUUGUUAGAAUAAUGACUUCUGUCUUCCUCUGAUGAUGUGAAAAGAGGUAGUGUACUCCAUGUAUAUGUACAUAAUUUUCUGAAAUGUCUAUCAAAAUAACACACUUGGCAUUUGUUUUAAACCAAUGAAUCCAUGCCUUCUGAUUGAAUGAUUAUAUAGAAAUAGAAUUUGUGCACUUCAUAAUAAAUGCACCAACAUCGUUCUUUGUCAUGAGGAGUAUUGAGGUCACCAAACUUUUCCCUUGGACAUACAGGAAAGCAUGGGCUGGGAGUAAGAGUUGAAAAAUUAAAGAACUGAUCAAUUGGAAGAUGAAGUAAAAGCACAGGGAAGAAUAAGGAUUAAUAAGUAGAACUGUCUGUGUGAUCCUGAGACAACUGUAGCGUUUGAUAAUCACUUUGAAAGAGAAACUGUGAUCAGCAUAAUGUGUUGAUCACUCUCGUCUUCAAAUCUCUCUCUAAAGUGACGUCAAAAGUGCAACUCGCACACAUGUAUUUAUCAUGAAACACACAAAUUUCACAAUGUUUUAGAAACCGGGUUCUGAAUAUAGUGUCCAUAUCUGGGUUUAUAAAGGGGUGCAGCAAUGCAGUACAGAUGCAAUGGGCACUUCAGCACCUCAAUUUUGACAAAGUAAAUAAGGGAUGCUA